GGGGAGGGGAAGGGGGGAGCGCCUGCAAAGGUUGGGGCUCCUCUUCUUCCUCUGGGUCUCUGAGCAGCAGUCGCCUAGCCGGCCCCUUUAAGAACUGGGCUGGCUCUAAGCUCGUAACUUACCGCCUCGCUGGGGUGGGAUAGGCUACUCAGCUGGCGAGGGAGGGCUGGAGUCGUCCUCCAUCAGCAGUCUCGGGACCGGGAGAGGGAGAGGGAAAGGAGGAGGAAUUAGAGGGGAGAGCGCGCUGGAGCUGGAGCGGACUGUGGUGGAGGGGAGGGCUCGGUUGGGCUGGGCAGCGCCAGAGAGGGGAGGGCUAGCGUGGGGACGGGGGCGCUGGGGCCCGCGACCGCUGGCUGCCUCUGCUGCGCCUUCUCUCCUGGCUAGCCGCAACCUGAGAGCCACUCGCGUCGUUUCCUGGGUUCCCUCCAGCUUCCCUGGGCCCGGCAGAGCCUUGCAUGUGGCCCGUGCGCCGAGCUGAUCUCUGCCCCGCGCACCGUGUCCAGCUCCAGAUCUCGCUCCCUCCCGUGCACAGCUGCCCGAGGAGGUGGACCAGGGGCAAUCGGUGCUUUGUCCCGGGGGCCGGUCCGGACCGAGGGAGCCAUGCCCCGAAGGAGUAUUGUGGAGGUGAAAGUCCUGGACGUGCAGAAGCGGCGAGUGCCCAACAAGCAUUAUGUCUACAUCAUCAAAGUUACUUGGUCCAGUGGUUCCACUGAAGCCAUUUAUCGACGGUACAGCAAGUUCUUUGACCUACAGAUGCAAAUGUUGGACAAAUUUCCUAUGGAAGGAGGUCAGAAGGACCCAAAGCAGAGGAUUAUUCCCUUUCUGCCAGGCAAAAUUCUCUUCAGACGAAGCCACAUUAGGGAUGUAGCUGUCAAACGUCUGAUUCCCAUUGAUGAAUACUGUAAGGCCCUGAUCCGGUUACCACCCUACAUUUCUCAGUGUGAUGAAGUACUUCAAUUCUUUGAAACAAGACCUGAAGAUCUGAAUCCUCCUAAAGAGGAACAUAUUGGAAAGAAGAAAUCUGGAGGAGAUUCAGCCUCAGUAGAUCCAAUGGUCCUGGAACAAUAUGUGGUGGUGGCAGAUUACCAAAAACAGGAAAGUUCAGAGAUCAGCCUGUGUGUGGGCCAGGUGGUGGACAUCAUUGAGAAGAAUGAAUCAGGUUGGUGGUUUGUAAGCACUGCUGAUGAGCAGGGCUGGGUCCCUGCAACUUGUCUGGAAGGUCAGGAUGGCGGCCAGGAUGAAUUUUCUCUGCAACCUGAAGAAGUCUCUUGGAGAUACUGGUCUUUGCCCCGGCACGUGGGUCGCCGUCGGACACUUGGGGACUUGUACACCAUUGGAUGGGGUCAAGAGGAGAAAUACACCGUCAUUUACCCAUAUGCUGCUCGAGACCAGGAUGAAAUUAAUUUGGAGAGAGGGGCCAUGGUGGAAGUUAUCCAGAAAAACCUAGAGGGCUGGUGGAAAAUCAGAUUUCAAGGUAAAGAGGGCUGGGCCCCUGCCUCCUACCUGAAAAAAGGCAGUGGAGAGCUAUUUGCUCAGAAGCUAAGCUCUGGGUCACCUGCUCAUUCAUGUACUGUCGAUGUAGAUGGCAUUUCCAGGCAGCAGAACUCAGGAAGCAGAGAAAAGGAUAUACUCAACAACCAGAGAGAUGGGAGGUUUGAAAGCCGCCCAGGCCUAGAGGGUGACAUCAAGCAAAGAUCUCCAAAGAUGAGGCAGAGACCCCCUCCUCGACGAGACAUGACCAUACCUCGAGGUCUGAACCUGCCAAAACCCCCUAUCCCACCCCAAGUAGAAGAGGAGUAUUAUACCAUUGCUGAGUUCCAGACAACUAUUCCCGAUGGAAUCAGUUUCCAAGCAGGACUGAAAGUUGAGGUGAUUGAGAAGAACCUAAGUGGCUGGUGGUAUAUCCAAAUUGAUGAUAAGGAAGGCUGGGCCCCAGCAACAUUCAUUGACAAGUACAAGAAAACAAGCAAUGCCUCAAGACCUAACUUCUUAGCCCCAUUGCCUAAUGAAAUGACACAGCUGCGCCUGGGGGAGGCCAUGGUAGAAAACAGCACAAGCCAUGAAGCAACUGGCCCCUCUCGGCCUUUACCUGAAGCACCGCAUAAUGGCAUGGACUGUGGCAUGCCUUGGUCCAAAGAAUGGAAGGGGAAGGAGGGCCAUCGGAAUGUCUCUUUAGAUAUGGCCGCAUCAGCUGGAUAUGAGGAAAUCUCUGACCCAGACAUGGAAGAGAAGCCCAGCCUCCCACCACGGAAGGAGUCCAUCAUCAAAUCAGAAGGGGAACUGCAAGAGAGAGAGCGACAGCGGAUGGAGCAGCUCAGAGGGUCCCCCAAACCCCCUGGAAUGAUUCUGCCCAUGAUUCCACCAAAACACAUGCCCCCACCGAGGGACAACAAGAAAACAGAGCUGAAAUCAGAGAAAGGCAAAUUAUUUCAGCAAAAAAAUGAAAUGGGGCUAGAGUGUGGGCACAAAGUACUCGCCAAAGAGGUAAAGAAGCCAAACCUCCGUCCCAUCAUCAAGCCCAAAGCUGAACUGCCUGAAGAUAAACCUGAGUCUUUUACCCAGAACCCCUUCUUGAAGUCUAAACCUCAGGUUAGACCAAAACCAGCUUCUUCCCACAGGACAGAGCCACCUCAAGCUGAGGAUAGGUUGGAUAUCUGCAACCUUAGGAGCAAGCUCCGACCUGCUAAGUCUCAGGAGAAGUCAUCAGAAGAAGAGAAUCACCACCUAAGUGGAACUCAUGAUGUCUCCUUCAGCAACAGUUUGCUUUCAGGGGAAGCUUCUGGCAGGCCUCUGGAGCGAGCCACGGUAGACACCAAGUUCAUUCCUAAACAGGACAGUCUCACAGCAAAGGACAUUUCCUCAAAAGUCCCCCCAAGGCCAGCCAAGACAACCGAUCCUAUGCCUAAGAGUAGUCCUACCACUUCCAAAGAGUCACCACAGCAGAGACCAGUAGUACCUCCUCGGAGGCCACCACCUCCCAAGAAAGCCUCCUCCUCUUCCAGGCCCCUUCCUGAGACCAAAGUGCCAUAUCGAGAGGCAAAUGAGGUCAAGACUGCUCCAGCUCUUGGCCGACCCAUGCUUGUCCCUCCAAAGGCCAAACCUUUCCUGCCUGGUACAGGAGGCCAAGAAGAGGUCAAAGCAAAAAGUGGGCUCGGGCCAAAAGCAGCAACCAAGCUAGGAGAAGCAAGGGAGAAACCAGUUGCUGCACCUUUCUCCACUACAGAAGUCCCCAAAGAUACAUUAUAUGUGGCUAUGGCCAACUUUGAAGGGGAUGAGGAGACCAGUGGCUUCCAGGAGGGGACUGUAUUUGAAGUACGCGAAAAGAAUAGCAGUGGCUGGUGGUUCUGUCAGGUUCUAAGUGGAGCGCCUUCUUGGGAAGGCUGGAUUCCUUCCAACUAUCUAAGAAAGAAGCCAUAGUUCUCACUGUCCUUGUAGGAUCUAUCCUUCCAAUAUCUCCAUUGGUUUCACCUGGGUAUUUAAUUAGCUUCUUAACUUAUCAUUUUCUAUGAGGCUUUAAAAGGAAAUGAUUCCCAAUGCAUUGGGCUUUCCCAAUCUGGAAGGAGCAUGGAGAAUGUAUCUCCCAGCCUCAAUGUAGUUUAAUUCCAUUCUUUGGUAAUUGUCCUACUUAUAAGGAGAUUUAGUCCAUCAUGAGUGGUAAUAAGUCUCCAAUGUUACCAUCUCCAGGCCAAAUGGCCAACUCCACUUCUAUUCUUCAGUCUCUUUUCAUGUGUAAUUUGAGAGGGUUAGAUGAGACCAAAGUCCCUUCUAAAUGUUUUCAGUUACCCACAGAAAGUAGUGUUUUAAUUGGGAGAAACAAGUUCUUGCUAGAACAAGAGCAGUUAUUCAUCCAGUAGCUCUAACACAGCAUCCAAGAACCAGAAGCUGCCCUUUCACCAGAAUAUGCUGGUAUCCAGAAUCUAACUAGCAAAGGUACUGAGAUAUCGGAUCCUAUAGCAAACCUAGAAAUUCCUCUGAGCAUCUAAAAGUUAAUCAACCUUGAUUAAAUAUGAAGCCAGGCUCAGUGUCCCAGGAUAAGCCUUGCAAUGAUUCCCCUUUCACAUGACCAUCAGACUCAAGUUCACCACCACUGAGCCUUUUCCUAAAAUCUUGUUGUUUGCAGAAAUACCUGCUGCCACAAAGGACCUGUGUGCUUUUUCUAAUCUUAACAGGUCUUUCCUUCAUUAAGGUUAUGGUCAUCUCUGACUUGGAGAGGGACAAUCUUUCCUCACAUGCCAUGGAAGUAGAAGAAGACAAGGACAGAAGUCCGCUAAAUCUGCAUUUGUUUUUGUUUUUGUUUUUUUGCACUCUGGAAAAAGCUUUAUAUCUUAGAAGGGUGAUUCCAUACCCUAAGGCAGUACAGCAUUCAAUACAUGCUUUGGAUAUCACUUAAUCCCAGGGUUACUUAGAACUGGUUAUCAGCCACCUUUUUCUUUCAUUAUGGUGCUUUUCGAAUAUGGGACUCUGUCCUUCAUGGGCAACCCAACUGUACUUGGGGGACAGAGGAAGGCGGGCCUGAAAUAGGAAUUGACAGCUAGCUGAUGUAAGCUAGGGCAAUGGAGCACUUUGGCUCCCAAAAGCUAUGAGACAAGGAUUCUAAAUGUUCCUACUUCUAAACGAACCACAGUGCCCUCCUCUCUCUUCCCUUACUCCACCACUUUCUCUACCCACCGCUCCUUCCUUCCCCUAAAUGUAUCUCAUCCUAAUUGUUCCUUAGGAUUCCAGGAGGAAUCAUUGUGUGUUCAUUACACAGCAUCUCAUCUUUCAAAUGGGGGCAAAUGCUUAGGGAUAGAGCUGCUAAAAUCCGUGGCACAGGCCAGGUGAAAGGCUGAGAUCCAUCAACUUCAGUUGGUAUGGGGUGAGGGUAGGGAGAAGAGAUUAGGGAAACCCCUAAAUGGCUAGCCUCAUAAGUACACAGCUCAAGCACCCAGUCAACAUUUGACAAACUCUCAUUAAGUGCCUACUUUGUGUCACACAUUAUGUUAGGGGCUAGGAAGACAAAAGCAAAAAUGAAAUAGUCCUUACCCUUAAGGAGCUCAUGUUCUAUUGGGAAAUAAACAAGUACAAAGGAAAGUAUAUACUAAAUGCAAGGUAAUUGGAGGGGUGAGGUGGUGGUACUAGUAACUGGGGGUAUUAGGAAAGACUUCCUGUUGAAGGUGACAUUGUGAUGAACCUUAAAAGAAAGGAGAAGAGAUUCUAAGAGGAAGAGGUGGGUGAAAGCUGCCAUUUGUUUAGUCCAGUGAUUUAGUGGCAAGAGAUAAGAACUAAGUCCUAGUUGAAGAUUCCCACGAAUGUUCUGCUAUACUCUUAAUUCCCCAUAUCUGGAAAGCAGCCAAGUUUUCCAUAGUGCUUUUGCAUCUUUUAAGCCACUUUGUCCUCAAAACCUUGUGAUGUAAGUUGGGCAACAUUUAUUUACCCCACUUGACAGAUGAAUCAGAGUCACAUUUUGUUCAUGUUACUUUGCUAAUUUUUUUAAGAGAAGCAAGAUGAGAACCCAGGCAUCCUGCCUGGUAGUCCAGAGACCAGACUGUUUCAGGCCAAAAGAAAUCAUGACUAGGAAGCAUAAUUUGUUGGGAAGAGUGGUUAGUUUGGAAUCAGGCAACUUGGAUUUGAAUUCCAGCUCUAUCGGUUAAUAAUAAUUACUUGACCUUGGGCAAGUCAUUUAAAUUCAGUCUGCCUCAUUUUCCUCAACCAUAAAAAUGAAGUUGUUUUAGAUGAUCUCUAAGGUACCUUCUGACUCUAAUUUUUUGAUCCCAUGAUCUCCUGUGGAAGGAACAAAAGGAGCAGUGGCUUCAAGUGACCAGUGGCACAGUUGGAAGCAGGGAUGUACUUUCCUUCCUAUUGUUUUCAAAAACAAGCCAGCUCUAGCCCAUCCUUUUCAUGGUGUUUAUGUCCAUUUUCCUGGGAAGACAAUUCCCCAUACAUAUUCUCAAUUAGAAAGGUGGGAGUAUAAAAGUCUGUUCUCUCAUACUUAAUACUUUUGGAAUGUUGCUUUUUUUUUUUUUAAGUGGCCAUUAAUGCCCUCAGAGAGGGGAAAAGCCUAAUCAAAAUUUUCCCAAGAUUUCAGAGUGAAUGUUAAUCUCAUGUUCAUUAUUUGUCCCUUUCUCUAAGGGAAUCAAUGUGUAGCCCCAGGGAACCUAUCAGUCUGGGACCAUAGGCUUGAGUGUUUCUCCUAUUUCUGAUUGGCCUCCUCCAUCACUGUCUUUGGAAAUCACUUGAGAAGAUAAGCAGCAAGGGAGAUGAGGAUAAAGAAUCUUAAUGACUUUGAGAAUAACCUUGGCAAGUCUGAGCACUCAGGACCCUUCUGUCAUUCCUGAAGCUCUGAUUGUCAGAGAAUGGAACCACCUAUCAGAGCUGAGCUAACAUUUGAUAGUUUACCUGAUACUUUCCUGGAUUUUACUUCAUUUUGGAAAGGAAAACCACAUAUUUUGUUAUAGUCCUGCUUCCUGGUUUCAUUCAACCAUUCAUCAAAUAUUUACCAAGUGCUCACUAUAUAGAGGGCACCACACUAAGCACCAUAAUAGCUGCAGACAUGAAGAAGUCACAAAUCCUUGGCCUCAAAGAUCUUUGAGGUCUCUACCAACCUAAGGUGGUUUGACUUACUGUCACAGUCAUUCUGCAAAUGAUGUCUAUCCUACAGCAACUGCACCACCUCCCUCCUGUUCUUUAUUCUGGGGAAUUUUAUUACACAUUGAAGUCACUAAAAUGGUUGAUGACUCUCUCCCUGGAGUCAGCUCAAUUGGAAGCCACGUUUCCUUACUUUCUGUAGCAGCCUUUUCAAUUUGAAUCUGUAGCACAGGUCUUUAUUUCUCUUUUCUCUUUCAUUUCACUAAUGGGUCCUUCCCAGCCAGGUUAAGAUAGGGUUAUUCAGUGUGGUCUGAUGCUAUAGCUGAGGGUCUUUGCAUUCUUGCUUGAUGACAGGUUUAGAUAAUGCUUUGGGAUUGUUGUGGUAAUUUCACAAAUCUAUGAUUUAGGGUGGUUUGGGUACUCUUCACUAAUACUUAUUGUGAUACCUCUCAGCCCCAAAAGAUGUUCUUCAUGACUUGCCAUGGCUUAAAAAUCUAUCAUGCUCCAGGCACCCUGAUGAUGAGCCACUUGUAACAUUGAGAAGCUAGUCUUUGAAUCAGAUAUUCAUUCUGUCCACAAGACUCUGUGACCCUGCAGAAAAGAGUCAGCAGUUGCCUCAAAGUGCUAAAGGGUUAUAAGCAGUGUUUUUGUGAAAUCUUUUUCUUAAAUCAAAUGAACUUUUUAUCAUAUAGACUCUCCCAUCCCAUCCCACCUUCAAACAAGUCAAAGACAGGUUAGCUUCUUGUAUAACCCCAUAUCUUGCUCUGGACCAAAAUUCCAAGCUAAAUACCAACCCAAGAAGCAUAGAAAUGUGAUUGGAUUUCCACAUCCCUGUUUACCAAAUUAUGUCAAAUACUUAAUUCUUAAACCUGCUAUACUAAAACUGCUUGGGGUGAAUCUGCAUCAUAGCACAGUCUCUCAUUCAGCUUCACUCCUAAAACCUCUCCGACAAAGAAUAUUUUUCACAUUAAAUUGUAUUCCCAAGCAGUGUUGUACACUUGACUCAGAAUCCAAUACCUACUUUCAAAUUACAGCCUUAUCACUUAACCUCUCAGCCUCAAUGUUCUCUUCUGUAUAUAAAGAAGACAUUGGACUAGAUGACUCCCAAGGUUCCUUUCAGCUCCAAAUCUAUGAUUCUGUGUUCCUGUACCAUAUGUUAUAAAGAAAGCUGGACCUCUAGCCUUGUACAAGCUAUUUUUUUUUUUACUGUAUACUGGAAGUCCUUUGGGCCCCAAGUCAGGCACAUCUGUAAGAAAUACUAAAUUGGAUCUGCCCCAUCAGGGACUCGUCCUGUUUGCAUCAUGUAAUUUUCAAAGUAAAAUUAAUAGAUUUUAAAACAGCCCACUUAUAAUUCUCUUGCCAAGUAAAACUCUCAAGAGCUAACUCUCCACCAGAAAACCAAUGGAAGAUGGAAAACCAAUUGCCAUAAAGUUUUUUUUUUAAGUCAUGUGACAAAUCACAUGGGUAUAAUAAUGGCAGUCAUGGUUCUUAGCCAAUCUACCACUGCGUGGUAGUCAGUAUUUUGUCGCUCCUGUUCAGUAUAGAAAUGGAAGGUACAGUUCCUGCCCUCCAGGAGCAUAUGUUAAGAUGUGGUGAGGACCACAUGGAAAAUAUGCAAUUUAUAUCAUGGCUGCUAUUCUUUCAGUCCAAUUUUGCUUGGUUUUACUUUCCUUGCUACUGCUGCUGUAACUAAUUACACCCCACUGAAUCACAGUAGGGUCUUUCGUUCCUCUUUUGACUGUUAAGUUAAAUACUAGACAAGACUUUUAACCUGCAGCCUUUCCCCCAGGUUCCUUAUAUCUAUCUAGUUUCCCACACCCACCUCUUCCAGACUUGUAUAUACUGUGACCAGUCAAUAAUCCAGAGACCAAAGAUUGCCUGUUACAGGAUCCUGAAGUCUGAUUUGGUGGGGAAAGGAUGAGUCAUGAAAAUUACAGUGGCCACAUUGGCGUCAUUGAUACAGUAUUUGUGCCAUGAGAGCUGCUCAGUCCUUUGACUUGGUAGAGCUAUGCUUAGACCUUCCCUCUAUUCCCACCCUCAACCCGCCACCUCUGGCAACUACUGUCAGGGGUACUGGUGUCUGGGAACAACCCCCAGCAAUACCUGCUAUCCUAGGACAGUCCUAUUGAAACUGUGGCACAGAUCAGGUGGAUCCAUGAUCUAUUCCUAAUCCAGGAACCACCAACCACUAAUUUGUGCCAUCAGUAUUUUUCAGAUCUAUCUAAUAUUGGCUAAUAGCUAAUAAGGUUACACUUUUUCAGCUGGGAAAGUUCUCUGCUGACUUCCUUUGCUACAAGGUCUCCAACAUGAUCUUGUACCUUGUUAAAACAUUCCAUAUUCCAUCUUGUUUCUGACCCUUCAAUUCCAAAUCAAACAUCCUUAACUCCAAACAGUGACAAGAGGCCAGAUAGAAGAACCUCUGUCAUUCCAAGGAAGGUUUUUCAGAGGCCUUUCCUUAAAGACAUAAAAGAGCAAUAGUUGUUACUUUCUUGGAAGAAAAAAAAGUGAACCCAAUGUAUUAUGCUAAUUGUCAGCAAUAAGAACAGCACCCCCCCACCUCCUGUAACCUAGAUCAGGAACAUUAGUAUAUCCAAUCUGAUUUCUCAUAAACUUUAGGAAAUGAGCCCUGCAUGGGCUGAAUCCAAACACUUUGUGUGUUUCAUAGAAUAAAGCUUAAGAAUCUUGGCUAUUCCAGAACUUCUCUUACUCAACAAAUUCUCUGAUGGUUAUUUCUGUUUGUUUCCUUAUAACACAUAAACUUAUAUAAAUAUAUAUGUGAGGGGAAAGGGGAUCAGAACAUUAACUGUAGCAUGUGUAGGCUAUAUACUUCACCAGUAGACUCUUUUCUUUCCUUUUUUUUAAAUAAAACAAAAUGCUUGACUGGUUUCAAGCUUCAUUGUGAA